GAGCCAGAGAGCACAUGAGCGGGAAGAUAGUGAGGAAAGGGACAGAAGGUAGACACAGAAAACUUUAGAGACAGAAUAGUCUAAAUUGAUCAUAAGUGGGAGUUGGAUUUUCUCCCAUAGACUUCUUGAGGAAAUUUUUAUCAUUUGAAGGUCGUCAGCGUCAAGCUGUGGCACAGAGCUGUUCUCAUAACAAACCAGAAGCAACCUGACCUCCUCAGAUAUUUUGAUUUACUUCACUCGUGCACUGCUUUAACUAAAGCACGUGCUAUGGCAGAGGCGCACCAGGCGGUGGCCUUCCAGUUCACCGUCACACCAGAGGGCAUUGACCUGCGCCUCAGCCGUGAGGCGUUCAAACACAUCUACCUGGCUGCAGUGACGUCAUGGAGAAAACGUGCGAUUCUGUUUCGAAAUGGCAUCCGAAUGGGCGUAUAUCCGGCCAGUCCCUCUAGCUGGUUAAUUGUGGUGAUCGCAAUAAUGAGUUCCAUUUAUGCCAGAAUGGAUCCAUCCAUGGGAAUGAUUAACAGCAUCAAGAAGGUUUUACCUGCAAGCGAUCGUCUUACGGCUCAGACUCAGACGGUGUUGAGUGCUAUCGUGUUUGCCACCGGACUGUGGUUCUCUCUGAUUAUGCUUCUGCGCUGCACUCUGAAAGUUCUGCUCUCCUACCACGGCUGGAUCUUUGAGCCACAUGGCAAAAUGAGCAUGACCACCAAAGUCUGGAUAAGUUUGCUAAAGAUGUUUUCGAGUCGUCGGCCGUUACUCUACAGUUUCCAGGGCUCUUUGCCUAGACUGCCUGUACCCAGCAUUGAUGACACCAUUCACAGGUAUCUUGAGUCAGUGCGCCCCCUACUGGAUGAUGAUCAGUAUAAACAGAUGGAAAUUGUGGCCAACGAGUUCAAAAGGGACCAAGCCCCAAAACUGCAAAAAUACCUUCACCUUAAGUCCUGGUGGGCCCACAAUUAUGUGAGUGACUGGUGGGAAGAGUACAUCUACCUCAGGGGCCGGGGCCCAAUCAUGGUGAAUAGCAACUUCUACACCAUGGAUCUGCUGUAUAUGAUCCCAACUCACAGGCAGGCAGCACGAGCAGGAAAUGUGGUCCAUGCCAUCCUCCAAUAUCGGCGCAAACUAGAGCGAGGAGAACAUGCCCCGAUGAGAGCUCUAGGGGUGGUGCCCAUGUGUUCCUAUCAGUAUGAGAGAAUGUUCAAUACCACUCGAAUCCCUGGCAUUGAAACAGACUAUGUUCAGCACCUGAGAAACAGGAAGCACCUGGUCGUGUAUCACCGAGGACGUUUUUUUAAAGUGUGGCUGUACUACGGUGGUCGUCAUCUCUUGCCUGCAGAGUUGGAGCAGCAGUUCCAGCAUAUUCUCAAUGACAGCACAGAGCCUCAGCCUGGAGAACUGAAACUGGCCUCGCUCACUGCUGGGAAGAGGGUCCCAUGGGCCAAAGCACGACAGAAGUUCUUCAAGGAUGGUGUAAAUAAGACGUCUCUAGAUACCAUCGAGACGGCUGCCUUUUUCCUCACUCUGGAUGAUGAAACACACGGAUAUGACCCUGAAAAGCCACAGUCAAUGGAUCUUUAUGCCAAGUCCUUACUGCAUGGAAAGUGUUACGACAGGUGGUUUGAUAAAUCUUUCACUCUCGUUGUCUACAAGAAUGGUAAAAUAGGCGUGAAUACUGAGCACUCAUGGGCAGACGCUCCCAUUAUUGGGCACAUGUGGGAGGAUAUUUUGGCUACGGAUGUCCUUCGCCUGGGUUACACUGAGGAGGGACACUGCAAAGGAGACAUUAACAAAGGUCUGGUCCCCCCAACCAGACUAUAUUGGGACAUUCCAAAAGCGUGUCAGGAGAUUAUUGAGGCGUCGUACACAGUAGCCAAGGAGCUCGCUGAUGAUGUGGAUUUCUGCGGAGUUGUAUUUGACGAGUUUGGAAAAGGCCUGAUCAAGCAAAGCAGAACAAGCCCUGAUGCUUUUAUCCAACUAGCACUACAGCUUGCUCACUUCAGGGAUAAAGGUCAAUUCUGUCUUACGUACGAGUCCUCAAUGACCCGCAUGUUCCGGGAGGGACGGACAGAGACCGUGCGCUCCUGCACCAUCCAAUCCACAGCCUUUGUCAGAGCCAUGGAGGACAAGAGCUGCACGAAUGAACAGCGUCUGGUGCUAUUCCGGACAGCAGCGGAAAAACACCAGAACAUGUACCGCCUGGCCAUGACAGGAGCCGGUAUCGACCGUCAUCUCUUCUGCCUCUACGUCGUCUCUAAAUUACUGGAUAUAAAAUCACCCUUUCUUAACCAAGUUCUUUCAGAGCCUUGGCGUCUCUCGACCAGUCAGACACCCCAGCAGCAGCUCAACCUUGUUGAUAUCCAGAAAUUCCCAAAAUAUGUUGGAGCAGGUGGUGGCUUUGGCCCUGUUGCUGAUGAUGGAUAUGGAGUUUCUUAUAUUAUUGUAGGGGAGAAUCUCAUCACAUUCCAUAUCUCCAGCAAGUUCUCUAGUCCAGAAACAGAUUCGCAUCGUUUUGGUCACAACAUCAGACAGGCUAUGCUGGACAUUAGAGCGCUGUUCAACCAGAAGGAGAAGGCCAUGUGAAGACGAUGAUAUUUUACUCACACACAAACACACGUGCAGAUUACAUUCACACAGCUGGUCCAACACUCCACUUAAAGAAAACAGAAUCAACCAGAGAAUGGCAACAUGUAAAAAUAUUGUACAGAUAUUUUAAAACUUGAAGUGAAUUUAUUGCUUAGAACAACUUGAUAAAAAUAUUGUACAGAUGGACAUUUUACUAAUUUAUUUUUAAUUUAAUGAAUCUAUUUCACUGCUAAUCUGAGCAUCGAAACAAUAUAAACUAGGAUUAAAUAUUUUAUUAUUUAAUAAUUAAUGGUGACAUCAGGCUUACACAAAAUCAUUUUGCUGCUUUGCACAACAUUCUGAUAUGGAAAUGUUGUAUAAUUGUAAAUAAUUGUACGUCAUAAGGCACACAGACGACAAAAUAUAAGUUAAUGUCUCACUAAUUCAUUCAUAAAGUCUUUAUGAAAUGAUCUAAUGUUAUACUAAAAAGCUUAUGACUGGGCUGAACAUGUACUGGUGUCAAGAGCUUUCUCUACAUGAUAACCUCAGUGUAAGAACCCAUUUGCUUGCACAAUUAAUAAAGUAUUAUUAGUAUGUAGUAUUGUA